ACUCCUCCCCAUAUAUUUUUUUGGUCAAUUGUUGUAAAAUCCCCAUUUCUCCACAACCCACACCUCUGCGCUUGCAAUUUCCGUCUACACUCGAGUGGUGGUGAUUGUUUUUCAAGUAAAAGCUCUCGAUUACACACAACAGGUCUGAAUCAGUGUCAACUUAUUUAAUUUGGUGAGGAGGUUCUGUUGGGGGUCUUCUGCACGAUGGUUUGGUUUUCUGAAGGUCCCGGUUCGAAGUACAUUGGCAUUAUCGUCGCUGGUCUCGAGCACAAGAUACUUUAUUAGCUUUUAAAAUUCUUGUUUACUCAAAAGGACGCUAUAAAUAAGGUUUCAAUCUGGUAAGUGAUGGAGUGCAACAAAGAAGAGGCUGUAAGGGCCAAAAGUUUGGCUGAAAAGAAAAUGGAAAUUAAGGAUUUUCUCGGAGCUCGAAAGAUUGGAAUUAAGGCCCAGAACCUCUACCCUCAAUUGGAGAACAUUUCCCAGUUGAUUAUGGUUUGUGAUGUGCAUUGUUCUGCUGCAAACAAGGUCCGUGGAACUGAAAUGGACUGGUAUGGCAUCCUUAAACUCGAGCCAACAGCUGAUGAGGCAGCAAUAAAGAAGCAAUUCAGAAAGUUUGCCCUUCUUCUGCAUCCAGAUAAGAACAAGUUUGCCGGUGCAACAGAUGCCUUCAAGUUAAUUGGUGAAGCUCAUGGAGUGCUCAUGGACAGAGAUAAACGGAGGAUACAUGAUAUGAAAUGUAAACCUGCUGCAGUUAAUGGGGCUCCAAAGCAAGCAAGCAGGCCUUCCUACGUACGGAGACCACCAGGUUCUGACAAUAGUUCCUUUAACAUGUAUAAACAGUUCCGCCAGGCACCACAGACUGCCCAAACAGGAGUUCAUGGUAAUAGACCAACUUUCUGGACUGCAUGUCCAUUCUGUUCUGUGAGGUUCCAGUAUUACAGAGAAGUGCUCAACAAAAGUCUUAAUUGUCAGUCAUGUAACAAGGCAUUUACUGGCUACGAAAUCAAUGUUCCCACAGCACCACAAAACAACUUCAGUCAGCCAGUAUUUCCCAAACAAACAGCAACUAGUAAUCCGGCUCCUAAUGUGGGAUCAAGUAGUAAGUUUGGGUACUCCACUGCUAAAGUAGAACUUGGGGGAAAUUCCGGUAACAAGAAUUCACGGUCUUUUGAUGUGGCACAGGGGUCUAAAUCGAAUGAAAAACAUGGAGAUGUUUCUAUAAAUUCCAAGCAGAAGCGCAAAUCUGAAAAACCUCAAACAGGUGCAAACAUGAAUGGGAAGAAGAGGAAAAUCUUAUCCGAAUCCAGUGAGAGUUGCAAUACUGAAACUAGCUCAGAUUCUGAGGAAGAGAUAUCUGUUAAAAUUGAUGGGUUUCAUAGUGAGCUGCCCCCACGGAGGUCAAGUAGGUCUAAGAGAAAUGUUUCAUAUAACGAAAAUAUUAAUGAUGAUAAUGACACAGCAGAGCCCGUAGUAGAAAACAAGUCUAGCGAUAAAGUGGAAGUUGAUGAUGUAUUACCAAAACAAGAGCCUCCAGGUAUAAACACAUCUGGCCUUGAUGCUCAUUUGAAUAAGAAUGACAAAGAGGCCAAAAUGUCCUUUGCAGAAGAGGUGCUGCUCGGCAAAGAAACUGAAAUGAAGAGUAAUAAAGAACCAUCUGAUGUUACUGAAACAGAACCAGAAGUCUAUGAAUAUCCCGAUCCAGAUUUCAGUGACUUUGACAAGGAAAGAGAGGAAAAGUGUUUUGCAGCUGGGCAGAUCUGGGCGAUUUAUGACACCCAAGAUGCGAUGCCUAGAUUCUAUGCUCUGAUCAAGAAGGUACUUCGUCCUAAGUUUAAGCUUCGGAUAACCUGGUUAGAGCCAGAUCCAGACGAUAAGGAUUCAAUCAAAUGGGUUGAAGAGGAUCUGCCAGUUUCUUGUGGUAAAUAUAAACAUGGAAGCUCAGAGAACACUGAAGAUCAUCAAAUGUUCUCACAUGUAGUUACUUGGGAAAAAGCAAGUAGGAGGGAUUCCUACAAGAUAUAUCCAAGAAAGGGCGAGACAUGGGCUCUCUUCAAGAACUGGGAUAUUAAUUGGUCUUCAUAUCCAGACAAUAGCAGGAAAUAUGAAUACGAGUUUGUGGAAGUCUUGUCUGAAUAUGCUGAUGGCACUGCUAUAUCUGUUGUAUACUUGGGUAAGAUAAAGGGUUUUGUUUGUCUCUUUUGUAGAGCACAACAUGAAGGAGUUGACAUUUUUGAAAUAGCACCAAAGGAGUUAUACCGAUUUUCUCAUAGGGUCCCAUCUUUUAAAAUGAGUGGAGAUGAAAGAAAUGAUAUCCCGAAAGGAUCUUUUGAACUUGACCCUGCAUGUCUUCCUACCAAUCUUCGAGAGAUCGAUCCUCCUGCCACUGAGAAUAUUAAAUUUGAAAAGACUCAUCCACUUGGUUCAGGUUCUACAUUCACAACAGGUUCUGUAGAACCAAUUCCAAAGUUUCAUAUGGAUGUACCUAAAAACCAAGAAGAGCGUAGAAACCAAUCCAAUUCCCGUGUUGAAAUAUCUUCAGACGAAGAAGACCAGAAGUUGGAGUCUGAUGCUAAUGGCAACACAUUUGUCAAUCCUCCUGACAAUACUGAUCCUCCGGAGGAAGCUUACGAAAUUCCUGAUCCUGAAUUUUAUAAUUUUGACGGGGACAAAUCGACAGAGAAAUUUGAGAUGGGUCAGGUUUGGGCUCUGUAUAGUGAUGAGGAUGGCUUACCAAAGUACUAUGGUAAGAUAAAGAAAAUUGAAUUUAUGCCAAAGCAUAUAUUGCACAUUUCGUGGCUAAGUGUUGGUUCAACUCCAAAUGACAUGAUUCAGUGGACAGAUAAAGCGAUGCUUGUUACUUGCGGUAAAUUCAAGAUUAGAAAGUUGGAACCCAGUCAAUAUACCAGUACUGCAUCCUUUUCUCAUCAGGUAAGAGUAAAAGAAAAUGUAAAAGGCGAAUAUGUUAUCCUUCCUAGAAAAGGUGAGGUCUGGGCAAUAUAUAAGAACUGGAAUGCUGGAAUGAAAUGUUCAGACUUGGAGAAGUGUGAUUAUGACAUUGUGGAGGUGGUAGAAGAACAUGAUUCAGGUACAUCUGUUUUGUAUCUGGAGUUAGUCAAUGGUUUCAAGUCGGUCUUCAGGGCUCAAAUGAAGGGACUAUCUCCUGCAAGGACCAAGAUACCAGCGAAUGAGCUGCUUAGAUUCUCCCAUCAGAUACCUGCAUUUCGGCUGACGGAGGAGAGAGGUGGCAGCCUGAGAGGUUAUGUGGAGCUUGAUCCCGCAGCACUGCCAUUUCAUUGGUUUAGUUGAAACUAAAAUGCCAAGAUGAUAUCUCCUUUCUCUUCUCUUUCACAUCUUAGUCGAGUAUUUUCUAAUACCUAUGUCAUGUGAAUCACAAGGCAGAGGUACUUAUCCCUAAGGGCUUAUAUAUGGUGUUUUUAAAACAUCAGGGACAACCUUUUUUGUUUAGAAACUAUCCAUUGGAGUUGUCCCAACUAGACUUUCUAAUCUAUGGAACAUCUAGACUUGUUGUCCCUUUUGGUUUGGUUAUUUGUGAUUUAGUUGGCUGUUGAUGACGCUGAUGUUCUAGUUUCAUGUAUGACUUGGUUCAUAUAUCUUGUCGGUCUUAAAGAAAAACAUGAGCUGAAUUUCUAUUUGAUAUGGGCCAGAUGGCCUUUCCUUUC